CAGAUGCAAAUGAGACAGAGCAGGGGUAUAGGGAGAAAAAGUGCGAGCAGCCGCAUUGUGACGUCACAAAGGGACCCAGAGAACAUUGUACAAUCACAUGGAUCGGGGGGAGCAGCCGGUGUGAGAGAUCGCCCUGCUCACACACACAUACACUCUGUAACCUCCUAUCCUCUGUACACAUACACGCACACACACACCAUGGAUCGGGGGGACAGGCAGACAAGGAAACCUUUGGUUGAGAAGAAGAGAAGGGCGAGGAUUAACGAGAGCCUGCAGGAGCUGCGAGGCAUUCUAGCUGACAAUGAGUUUCAAUCAAAGGUAGAGAAUGCGGAGGUUCUAGAGCUGACGGUGAAACGCGUGCAACGGAUUCUUCAGACCAGAACAGAUGAGACCGAUCGGUUGCAGCGUGAGGCCAGCGAGCGGUUUGCAGCAGGGUAUAUCCAGUGCAUGCAUGAAGUGCACACCUUUGUGUCCAGCUGUCCGGGUAUUGACUCCAGCCUGGCUGCUGAGUUGCUCAAUCAUCUACUGGAGUCCAUGCCUUUGAGCGAAGGAGGCCUCCAGGAUCUUGUCCUGGACGUACUGCUGGAUUCGCCAACCUCUGACCCAUCAUGUGGCCUGAGUUUGCUGGGCUCUUCAUCGGAUGACAGCUGCUCUGAUAUGGAAGAAGCAGAUAUUGGCAAGGGAAGUAUGGAGGCUGUGCAGGACAGUGACAGGACCCCAGAGAUCCAGCCUCCUACACCCUCCAUGUGGAGACCGUGGUGAUUUAAUCUGAAAUAUGGGAAUACAUAGGGACCUGUGUUGACUAGUACACCUGUGUCACGUACAUCAGUCCCAGAAGAGAGUGCUUAUCAUGUCUACAUGUUUGGAUAUUUCAUACUAUUACUCAGCCUGUUGCAAUGCAAAUUCUAACUGCGUUGUUUCAACCACCUUAAUGUAUGUGAUCUCCUAACUACUUCCUCCUGGAGAAGCCUCACCUCCGCGUCAAGAUCACAGUAGGGAAUUACUGAAGGCUACACACCUUUGUAAAGAUAUAUGCUUUGUAAUGUUCUGCAUUUGUUGUACUGUGCACCAUAUUCAUUGUCCUUGUACAGAUACUAUUCAUUAUACUGCGCAGCAUUGUCUUUGUACAGAUACUAUUCCUAUGUAUACCUCUCACUGCCAGAGAGGCUCUUAAUUCUACAAAACCUAGCGUUCUUCAGCACAGAGUAUUGAGCUAAGCAUUGUGUGCUGUGCUUUGUUGAGGCUGAAGGCCAGACAUCCUAAUGUAAUUGUAACCCCCCCAACACAUUAACUCAAUUGUCAGAUGUGUGACUCUUCUAGAGUGAUGUGGCUAAGCAACUUUGUUCAAGGGAAGUGAAGUAGGGGUACUGUAGGUAGUUUGCUCUUUGCUGCGUAUGCAUAGUGAUAGUGCAUUUAAAUCUCAUCCCUAGGAGGGAUGUCUAGUGUUUAGGUAACUUGAGGUUCUACCUUCAGUGAAGGAGACUAUAGAGGAUUGUUCGGAUACCGAUUUGAAGGGUGCUAUAGGAUUUAUUUUUUAUUUUUCCUUGCAGGAGGAAUAUGUGUAUAUUAGGAAGGUAAUGUGUUGUGAAUUUUAUGUUUUUGUUUUUAUCUUUUUUUAUUUUUUUUUUAUUUUACUAUUUGUUUUGUUUUUGUGUAUAUAGAGGCUUUAAAAAAAAAAAAAAAGUUUUUAAAGCUUUUGGAAGCAGGUGCGCAAAUCAAUGUGAUGCACUUGAGCCCAUAUCAUGAAUACAUGGUCCCCAUUUUUGUGUGCAUCCAUCUGGCAAGCACUUAUUCUUAUGUCUCUUUAAUCUUCUCAUCCCAGAACUUAAUGUCUCUUUUUAUACUAAAAUGUACUAGUGUGUUUGAUUAGUGCUACUGUGCAUUCAUUUUUCAUGAAUAAAUUAAUGAUCUUUUUAUGGGAAAAAAAA